GUAACAUAGCUUUGGGGAAAUAGGCAUAGCAACCCGCCAUAUCUCUUUAACACUGGGCAAAAAGAGGAUUGUAUCAUCACUUUUGUGAGGGCUUGUUUACUGCCGAGCGAACGUUUCAGUAUUGCUAAAAGGUUCUUAUUCAGUGACAUUAUUUAAAUAUUAUAAAUUUAUUCAAUAUUAAAAGAAAAAAACAAUCAUUGUAUUUUAUUUUUAUAAUCCUAAGUUAUUCAUCAACAAUUAAACAAAUCAUAUUUUGAUAUUAAACCUAGACUUUUUCAAUCAUGUAAUAGAAGGCAACUUGGCUCAAAAUGGGCCGAACAAAUGUGCAUGCUGUCAGGGUUAAACCCCGAAUCACACCGAUUUACGGCUGCUAUCAAUGUUGACCGCCAUUCCGCAUCUUUGGGAAAGCCAAAGUAAAAUAUUGUUUUACCCCUGGAGCAAACCGGAAGUUGCUUCCUAUACCACCCGGUGGGGGCGCUGCGAACAUCGGGAAGCUCCUUGGUUGAUUAUAGAGCGUGACGUCAUGGAGUCGGCGGUCCCGUUAAUUUAGGUCUAUGGUUUUAUAGUUUAGUGUAUGUAUGGUAAAAUCAAGAGAAACCCGCAUGUAUACACAAACUUGGAAAUUCCUGUCCUAAAAAUAGAACAGACGCCUAACAAGAAAUCGCGUUCCGUUUUUGGCAGAGCUCUAUGGUAAUGCGUGCCUAAUGAAAGAUGGAGAAGUUGAUAUCUAAAGCGGUGAUCUAUGAUCCGAACAAGGAUGACCGACCACCAUACGAGGUUAGCCUCCAAAUCGACGACAGGCUAGAUGUUGAAGCGUUCCAUCACAGACCUUCCCGGAAGCCGCCAUUGGAGGGUGAAGAACUGGAUGCGUCAGAAGACAGGAUUUAUAAGUUACAUAUGUACCAUGAGACAGAUUUUGUUCUGCUUAUGUACGGUUUUAUGAAUGACAAUAAGAUAGAUCUUAACACAAUAACGGAGACAGAUUUGGAUUCAAAAGUUGAUAACGUGACCUGGUACGACUUCAAGUCCAUGUGCAUCUACUCGGGUGUAAAGAAGCACCAAUUUACCCGUGGAGGAAUCAAGGAAGCAGCCGAGAGGUUAACUAGCCACUAUGCGGAUCAAGAUAUAGGACCGUUCACCGUGAAGAAUCCAGAUAACACCUACCGAGUGCUGGAUCCAGAAUAUUUGGAAUUCAGCAUGCUUUAUUACUAUGGUCGCCACAACAUGUGUAUGCUUGUACGAGUCGUUCCGUGGCAGGCUAUGUUUCAGCACGUCUUUCCGGGUGAUAUGGAACCAAUGUAUCUACCCGAAAUAUGCCAAGGCAGAAAGUAUGAUGAGAUGUCAUUGGAAACAAGAGAUUGUAUGCUGGCAUCUAAACGGAUGCUGCAGGAUAUUCUAAAUGGUUUUGUUAAUGAUUUGGCGACAUCCCCCUUCUUCUACAGUCAUACAAUGAAAAACCAGUUCUUCAAGUUCAUCCAAAAAGAGGGAGACCUAAAUGAAGUAUUCGUAGCUGUUGACAAAUUUUCAAAACCAGGACGGCCGAAAACUUUCUUAUACUGUCUUGUUGCAAAUGCGAAACCAAAUCUGGAUUUCCUAGACCAGGUGUUGACACGUUUCUUGAAAAGCAAACUGUCAGAAAAAGAGAAGAAUCUACAGAUAAUAGCGUCCUGUGCUGCAGCCUGUCGUUGGGGCCAUGUCCUUAUCUAUGAGAAACUCAGUAGACUGAUAAAAAAGCCAACAUUUGAGAUGCUGAGGAAAACAGUUGUGGGAGGAAAUGUGGAUAUUAUGCGUAGCAUAGUCCGUGACUACAACUGGAGCGAAAAGGAGUCCAGGUCAGCAAUGGAAUGGGCAUGCUUCCUAGGUUUGGAUAGUAUGGUGAGGGUGCUACAGGACCAGGGUAUCCGCUUUUCAGACAGAUGUCUCUACGUCACGGCUUUCGGAGGCAAUAUGGGCUUGUUCUUUGAAAUCUGCAGCGAAGGCGUUGAUUUUGAGACAAAAUUCAAAGACGGUCAGACAGUUCUUCACAUCGCUGCUGAAAAAGGCCACUUUAGCAUUGUGGAGUUCUUAGUUCAUAGGGGAGGUGUGGAUGUCAACACCGAAAACUCUGACCGUGCGACUGCGUUGGAUCUUGCAUUAAGAAAUGGUCAUUUGGAAGUGGCGGAUACGUUGUUGGAUGGGGGAGCUAAUGCAGAUCAUCAAGAUGCCCGUGGAUCAACUCCAUUACACAAAGCGUGUGCCUCGGGUAACAUGCAGCUUGUGGAGAGGAUACUGUCCACUGGAUGUAGCGUGGAUCUACUGGACAACACUGGGAGGUCUGUUCUACAUAAAGCGGCAUAUGGUGGUAGUUUGGAUGUAAUACAACGUAUCCGCCAACUUGGAAACAAGGUGGAUUUGCUGGAUAAAUAUGGAAGCUCGGUGGUGCACUAUGCUUCUAUUCAAGGACAUUUGCAUGCUGUCGAACAUUUUGUCAACGACUUCCCGGCUCUGAUCGCUCAAGGAAAUGCAAAUAGAUGGAAUCCAAUUGCCUGUGCUGCGUUUGGGGGACAUUUUCCCGUGUUAGACUUCUUGAAAAGAAACCAUGCAGGCAUUCUGGUGGUGACAUCUCAGGGAAAGAAUGCGAAACAGCUGGCAGAGGAGGGCUUGGCCUUCAGAGAGUCAAACGAAAAAUAUUACAUGAAAGAGUUUGAAGAGUAUGUAUCUUUUGGAAGCGUUGAACGUUUUAAUCAAGUGAUCGAAGCACUUAGUGAUGUUACGCGUCAGAUAGAGUCUGAUGACUAUUAAUACCAAUUUGUGUCAUACAAUAUUUCGACAUAAACUCGAUAAACACUGGAAAAGUGGAUAUUUUAGCAUUGUGGAAAUCGUGAAUAGUACAUAUAUGAAUUAUAUAGGUUAUAGA